CCAGGCAGCGGUGGAGGCAGCAGCAGCAGCAGGAGCAGCAGGAAGUGUGGGGAAGUCCAGAGGCCAGAACCAUGGAAGACCAGCGCGACCUCAUCUCCAACCAUGAGCAGCUGCCCAUGCUGGGCCAGCGCCCCAGUGCCCCAGAGAGCAAGUGCAGUCGAGGAGCUCUGUACACAGGCUUUUCUGUCCUGGUGGCUCUGCUCCUGGCUGGCCAGGCCACCACCGCCUACUUCCUGUACCAGCAGCAGGGCAGGCUGGACAAGCUGACCGUCACCUCACAGAACCUGCAGCUGGAGAAUCUGCGCAUGAAGCUUCCCAAACCUCCCAAGCCUUUGCACAAGAUGAGGGUUGCCACCCCCAUGCUGAUGCAGGCGCUGCCCAUGCCAGACCUGCUCCAGGAGCCCUUGCAGAAUGCCACCAAGUAUGGCAAUAUGACACAGGACCACGUGAUGCAUGUGCUUCUGGAGACCAACCCCCUAAAGGUGUACCCGAAGCUGAAGGGGAGCUUCCCAGAGAACCUGAAACACCUUAAGAACACCAUGGGGCCCCUGGACUGGAAGGUCUUUGAGAGCUGGAUGUAUCAGUGGCUCCUGUUCGAAAUGAGCAAGAACUCCCUGGAGAAUAAGCCUGAGGUUCCACUAAAAGAGCCACUGGACAUGGAAGACCUGUCAUCCAGGCUGGGUAUGACCAAGCAGGACCUGGGUCAAGUGGCCGUGUGAGAAGAGCAGAUGCUGACGCCAGCACACAGCCCGCCCUGCAUGGCCACUGCCUCCUUGCUCCCCUCCAUCCCCCAACCCUAGCCCGUCUUCUCCUCUCACACACUGCUCCCACACUCACUGUCUCCCACUCUGCGCCGCCUUGCGGGACACCCUGGCUCCUGGCUCUCCAUCAUCCUUAGAUACCAGUCACGUCAGGGAACACAGAUUUAAUGAUGCAGGAGGGCCCUGUGGCCCGACCCCCCAU